CACUUUGUCCCAUAUCCUAAUGUUUAUCACAUUUCCAUUCUUCCUGCAAACACACAUAACGAUGCCCCUAAAAAUGAACUAAAUAAAACAUCAAGAUCCCAUUUUUAAAAAAUCAAACAAAAUCAAAGCCCUCUUUACGCAAUUUCCCAAAUCUCUUCUUCUUCUUCUCAAUUUUCCCCAAUUUCACACGCAAAUCCCCUGUUCAGAAACUCCAUAUUUGCCCUCUCAAUCCUUCUGACAUCAAAUUGCAUCAUUCAAGACUAAAGCACGCAAAUUUCUUAAAAAAAACAGAUCAAGACCGUCAGGUACGUAUAAUUUCAUAACGAAAUCAAAGCAAGAAUUCGGAUUAUGGAGCUAAAUUCGAUCAAAGACGCAUUCGAUCGCGUCACAAAGAAGCAAAAAGUAUCCUCCUCUAAAUCCCAAGAAGCCAUCGAACAGAUAAGCCAAGAAAUCGAUCUCGCAUUAUCACGAAUACAAUCCGCAACUCCUCAACCCGACCACAACGUGAUCCUUAGCGAACUAAAAGCGAAGUUAAAAGAAAUGGCUCCGCUUGGUCAACUAGAAGGGCCUCAAAAGGAACUGAAUCUCGCUCUGAGCAAAUACACGAAGCUUCUCGAGAAACAAUUCAAUCCCGAUAUAUCAAAGUCUUACAGGAACGUUGACUUUGACUUCCACACAGUCAACCAGAUAAUCGCCAGUCACUUGUACCGCGAGAACAUGUUCGAUAUCGGUGAUUGUUUCGUCAACGAAGCGCGUGUAGACGCGGUUGUCGACAAGAAAACUCAUUUCCUCGAAAUGUAUCGAAUACUCGAGUCGAUGAAAUCUCGCGACUUGGGUCCCGCGUUGAAGUGGGCCGCCGUUAACCACGACAAACUUCAACAAAACGGGUCCGACAUCGAACUUAAACUCCAUCGUCUACAGUUUGUCGAGAUUCUUCAACACGGAAGUAGGGAUGAAGCGCUUAAAUAUAUCCGAACGUAUAUCGCUCCUUUUGCUAACCAACAUUUUCCGGAAAUCCAGAAGCUAAUGGCGUGUAUUUUAUGGGCCGGAAAGCUCGAGUCAUCUCCGUAUACAGAUCUUCUCUCACCGGCCCAUUGGGUCAAGCUGGCCCAUGAGCUAGCCCAACAGUUCUGCAAUCUCGUGGGCGAGUCAAUUCAAAGUCCGUUAAGCGUGACGGUUGCAGCCGGAGAUCAAGGGUUACCGACGCUUUUGAAGCUGAUGAACGUAAUGGCGGGAAAGAAGCAAGAAUGGCAGUGUAUGAAGCAGUUACCGGUCCCUGUCGAUUUGGAUCAAGAUUUUCAGUUUCAUUCGAUAUUCGUGUGUCCCGUGAGCCGUGAACAGGCUAGUGAAGACAACCCGCCAAUGCUGAUGUCGUGCGGGCACGUGCUUUGCAAACAGUCGAUAACGAAGUUGUCGAAAAACAACAGUACAAGGCCUUUCAAGUGUCCAUAUUGCCCUACAGAAGUCCAAGUUGGGCAGUGCAGAAAAUUGUGCUUUUAAUUGUAAUUGUUUUUUAUUUGAAAUAUGUUUUAUGAAGUUAGGGUAUGAGGUUGAGAAUGGAGUGUUCAACUUAUGCUCAUGGUGGUGUGCUUUUUUAUAUUUAUUGUAUGUAAAUAUAAAUUUCAUUUCAAUGGUCAUGUUUCAUCUGAAAUUAUUAGUACAAUAAAGCAUUGAUCAA